AUGGUUCCCUCAAGGCUCUUGUACCUGGCAGCCUGGCUUUCCCUUUCUUCUACCUUUGUGAUCAGGAGGAUGGAGCUGGACAGCGAUGAAGUGGCAUACGCCAUAGAUGAAGAGCGGCCGAGGAAAGGGAUCCCGGAAAUCAAUGCAGCUACAGGAAGGAAGUUCUUUCAAGGGGACAUUAUCUUGCCGCCAGAGAGAAAUGCACUAAGGAACACCUCCUACAGGUGGAAACUUCCAAUUCCUUAUAUACUGGGUAGCACUUUGGAUCUGAAUACGAAAGGUGUCAUCUUUCAGGCAUUCGAAAUGUUUCGGCUGAAGUCUUGUAUUGACUUCAAACCUUAUGAAGGAGAAAAGUCGUAUCUCCAGUUUGAAAAGCUGGAUGGAUGUUGGUCCUUCGUAGGCGAUUUUCAGAACGGCCAGAACGUUUCUAUUGGAGAGCGCUGUGAAUAUAAAGAUACUGUGGAACAUGAAGUACUACAUGCACUGGGGUUUUAUCACGAGCAGUCACGGAGUGACAGAGAUGAUUAUGUCAAUAUUUGGUGGAAUGAAGUUAUAGCAGGUCAGACACAUAAUUUCAACAAAUAUGAUGACAACUUCAUUACUGACCUGAACACUCCCUACGAUUAUGAAUCUGUCAUGCAUUAUGGGCCUUACUCGUUCAAUAAAAACAGUAGCAUCCCCACCAUUACGGCGAAAAUCCCAGCAUUCAAUGAUGUUAUUGGGCAAAGCCAAGAUCUGAGCAGUAUUGACCUCCAAAGGCUGAAUCAAAUGUAUAGUUGUGCUUCCAGUCUUACUCUCCUUGACCAGUGUUCCUUUGAGGCCAUUAAUAUCUGUGGGAUGGUGCAGAGUGAACAAGACGACACAAACUGGCAGCAUACCCUGACUACACCUGAAGAUAAGGACCACACCUUGGUGGGCCGCUGCACAGGUAGAGGAUAUUUCAUGCACCUGAACACCACGGAAGGAAAUUCAGGAGAAUCGGCUGUUUUGGAGUCCCGCAUCCUCUACCCAAAAAGAGCAGUGAAGUGUCUACAGUUUUUUUACAAGUUCGACGGAAGUCAGCAAGAUCAACUCAUAAUCUGGAUUAAAAAAGACGAUGGAACCGGAAAUGUUAGGAAAAUGGAGAAGCUGCAAAGGUUUUAUGCGGAUGAAGAACAGCACUGGAAGUUGGCAACUGUCCCCUUCAGCAGCCAGACCAAAUUCCGCUACGUCUUCCACGGCAUCAGAGAAGACCCUGGCAACUCUACUGGCGGGAUUAGCAUUGAUGACAUCAGUCUGACCGAGACUCAGUGCCCCACAGGGGUUUGGCAGAUCUCCAACUUUACCGCCCUUUCUGGCAGUGCUUCCCAAGGUGACUACAUCUCCAGCCCCUUGUUCUACAGCUCGGAAGGUUACUGCUUUGUGCUGAGGCUGUAUCCCUACGGCGUGGCCAACUCCAGCGGCAACUACUUGGGUAUCCGUUUUGCUCUGUGCAGCAGCCAGAACGAUGGGGGUCUAGAGUGGCCGGCGGGGAACAGGCAAGUGACGUUCACCAUCGUGGAUCAAGAUCCCGAUAUCACCCAAAGGAUGUCGGCAAGCAGGGUCUUCAUGACAGAUCCCAACCAAUUAAGCGCGGAUGGCCGACUUCUUUGGAAUAAACCCUCUGUUAUAGGAACUUUUGAUCCUUCAUAUAAUCGCCACAUAGGCCCAUAUUAUGGCUGGAACAGCAUCCUGCAUCGCAGAGAACUGCUACGGAGGAGUUUCCUUAAAGACGACGCUCUGAUCAUCUUUGUGACCUUCGAAGUUGUUGAAGAGCCAGGGAGUAUUUUGUAG